ACCCUACCAGUACCAGAUAUUGGUCAGCUGUCAAGCAUAGCACAUCAGUUUGGGAGUGUUUUGAUUACAAAAAAUUAUGCAGAAUUUGUUCCAACAGAAGUGAAAAAAUAAAUGGUUUUCAUUAUGGAAAAACAAUUAUUCCCGAAGAACAUGUGAGGAUUAAUGUGUAUGCGUUGUGAAUAGAUACAACUAGCAAAUGUAAAAAAAUAAUCCAAGCUCAAUCUAUUGAGCAAUCGAGAGAACAUAAAAAACAUUACGACUUACAAAAAGCUGCGGAAGCUGCUCCGCAGUUAGUGAGACGCUGGUAAUAUGUAUUGCCUGCAAUGUCUGAUUCCGGUAUUGCUGAUCCCGAAGCCGACCAAUCCGGCCCUGAUGCAGACGCACGUAAUGUUCAUUGUGCUGUAUUUGAUCGGAUUCUUUCUGGAGCGAAAACCGUGCACCAUCUGCAGCCUAGUGUUUCUAGCAGCAGUCUUCCUGAUCUGUAACAGUGGUGUCGGGAACUGUCUGUUUUGGAGCAACUGCGAAGGACAUACCUGCGACAACGGUUAGAAAUUGGAGCGAAUAAGUGGAGAAGGAGCCAAUAAACAAUUUUUACACAUUUUAUUCUAAGGUUGUUGAAAUAAAUGGAAUAAUUUUAAGUUUUACAAAAAUAAAAAAAAUCUAACGAUAGCGAAAAAAAAAACAAAACAUCCGUUGAAAGACUCAACCAAAGUGUGUAUUCUAGUUUUCUUGUACGAUGCGAGGGAGAAAUGAAACAACAAAGGCAACUUUGAGUUUGGUCUUAUCUGUUACAACGGAAUGGUUGCCCAUCACAGAGUUCCGAAACAAUUUGGUAGUAAACAGUGUCAUGUUUUCCGGUAAAGCAUUAGUAGAUCAAAUCAUGAGCAGGGAAUCUGAAUCAUCGCUGCGGUUCCUAUCUACAACUCACAAAUCGUUGCAGCGUUUCGGCUACUCGAGCCGGUGGACCCGGUAGUAGGUGACUGCUAGCGAUUAGAGUACGAUGAUGAAGUACGUAUCGAGGAGACUAUUAGAACUAUUUCCCUGUUGAACGUGGUAGAAAACACCCUUUCGAAAGCAUUGUACAUAUGAUCGUGAAAUAUUUAUUUUUGUAUUAACUUUCAACUUUAGGUUAGUGUGUUAACAUUUUAAAACGCAUGUAUCGUGCUAGGUAAUAAAACGAUGAUUUCAAAAAAAUGUGUAAAAUAAAUAAACAAC